AUGAAUCAGUUUGGUCAGUACAAUGUUCCUUCCUAUAGACCUUUUGGCUACAUUAGUAAUGGCAGAGGAAGGGGCAGGAACAAUGGUAGAGGUAAACCGAUUUGUCAAGUAUGUGGUAAAAUGGGCCAUACGGCCAUUCAGUGCUAUCAUCGGUACAACUCCAAUUAUAAUGGCUCUGCAUUUCAGUUUAAUAGUUCAGGUUAUUUUGGUGGUGCUCUAGGCUCUAGUUAUUCUGGUAGUGGUCCAGUUUCUGGUUAUUCUAGUGGUGCUUCAGUAGGUUAUUCUGGUGGUGGUUCAAUUCUUGGUUACUCUGGUGGUGGUCUAGUUUCUGGUUAUUCUAGUGGUGGUCCAGUUUCUGGAUUUUCUCAACAUGAUUGCAUUGGUGUUAAUUCCUCUGGAAACACCUUUGGUACUAGGAAUCACCAGUAUGGUUCUUAUCCACAACAACAUGGGAGUAAUAAUUCACAAUCUCCAAAGCAUCAAUUCAUUGACCAGCAAAAGUACUCUUCCUACUCAAACCAUCAGCCAGGCUUCUAG